AAGAAGGAAGAAGGUGGACGAAGAGAAGAUCAGCCAUUUUCGUGAGGUCGAAAUCUGCAGUGCAGGGAUGCCAAGACAUUGCUCAGCGGGUGGCUGCAAAUCCCGGGACAACCGUGAGACACGUAAUGCUGGUAUCACCUUUCAUAAAUUACCAAAAGGAGCAAUUCGGAGGAACCUUUGGAUCACCAACUCCCACCGUGCAGACUCCUGGGAUCCUCAGACUGAUUUUGUCUACUUCUGCUCCAAACACUUCACCCCAGAGAGCUUUGAACUGACUGGAUGCAGUGGGAUCAGAAGACUAAAGGAAGAUGCAUUUCCUACAGUGUUUGAUUCCUCUUCUUCAGCCAAAUGCAAAAGACAAGGAGCACUGCAGACACAAGAGGACAUACCAGUCAGGAAGAAACCCUGCUCUGCUGACGAGGAGAACGCUCAGCAGGAUACAGACAAGGGCCAAACCUUAGAAGAACCCACAGUUCAGAGGUCAGUGGGUACAGCUGAUGAGACUAAUGAAAACAUACCUGCAUCGUCUCAAGAGCCAUCAGGGGCUGAGCAGCUCUUGCAGCAAGAAUGUCCAUCACCAGCACCACGUCCCCUCUCCCCAUCACGGUACAUGAGGCGCUUGCCCCCUCCUCCAGGCUUCUACCUGUCGAAGGAGCACAGCUACGCACAGCUCUGCCCGCUGCAGUGGAGGAGACGUUACGACCAGGCUAUUGACUGCUUGGAGAAGGCCCUGCGACAGUUGCACGCAGCCAGGCGGAGGGAGAACCGCCUGCGGAGCACUGUGCUGAGGCUCCGUGAUAAACGACUGAAGCACACUCUGCUGUUGUCACAAGAUGGUUGUAAAAAUAGAGGGAGCUGUACACCAGGUGGGGAGAAGAGACGAGGCAAAGGAGGUUCUAACCAGGAGGAAAGUGAGACUGAUGCUAAAUCUGAGGACACAGGAAUGUUUGAGGACAGAUGUGUGGAUCAGAUGGAGUUGGGAGAUCGUUUUCUUGCAGACAAUAACAGCUGGUCUGAGGAGGAGAAGGGAUACUGCAUUUACUGUGGAAGAGGGCAGGUUGGCGGUCAGGUAGCUCGCAGAGUUACAAAGACUGGGAAAGAUGUCCAGCCCACAUUGCACGAGGGCUCUCUGAAGAGUCAGAGAAGUGUUGAAACUAGUAAUUGUGACACAAGUGAAAAUGCCAAAGACAUACAGAUAGUCAGGCUGGAAAGACCACCUGGAAAAAGAGUAGAAACCAGUGACUCAAAUGUAACAAAUUCCCAAUUCUUGCUCCAAACUCAAGGUUUUCAACAUGCAGCUGGAGUGUCUCUGUCUGAUACUCAUGAGCAGAGUUUGCACUUUUUAGGCUCUCAACAGAAGCUGCUGCUCUCUGACAUGUGUGAAGGGGAGACAGAAAGUAUGGGUCAGGAGCAUCACCUGGACCUGCAGCAGCAGCAGCUCUUUUGGAUACAAGACAGUGCUGAGGGACAGGUCAUUCUGGUGCCUGUCCCUGCUGAAGAUGGUUUACAAAGCUUGCUCAAGACGGACAGAGUCGCUGAUGAAGCGCAAACCAUACUUGUGUCAGAACUGGAUCUUAAAGCAGACUUAGGGCAUAUGACGGAGAACAACGAAUGUCUGUCUAGAGUUGAAACGACGUGUGAUGAUGAUCACAGUGAUCAGCAUUCUGUCAUUAACACUACACCAGUGGCAAUGGGAGAAGAUGUGAGGGAGAAACUGAAAGAACAUCUGGAAGGAUUUCACCUCCAGCUGAGCACUGAGUUUAUAAACUGACAGGAGUCACUUUGUUUUCUGAAUGAUUCAGUUGUUCCAGGCUAUUUUGCCAGCAUAUGCAGUGUGUUGUGUGGACCUAAAUGUGUAUUUCACAGGAUGCUUGGCCUCUGGAAUGUAUGACAACACUAAAGAAUCAGCUCUGCAGUCAGAUGCAGUUCCUUCAAAGAAGCUUGAAAAAGAUUCAGUGCUUAGGUAAAAAGAUAAAAUGAAUGGAUAAAUGUUUUUUGUGUGUGUAGAGCCAAACCAACAGGAAAUGUAUCUAUGAACAAGUACUGUGUGUGUAUCAAAGCCUGAUAUAUUUUCUUCCUCUGUGCUAUUCGCCUUAUUCACCUGUGUCACCAUCUUAAACCAAAAUAAGGCCGAGGAGGAUGGAAGUGACAUUGGAACUCGGGGUACCAGCAAUGCAGCCUCACUGCUGAGUUCCCAAAUAUACCUCUUCCAAAAGAAAGAAAUCUUGUAGAGGUCAAACCUUCCAUCUUUUUCCCAAAGAUCCUGCACUUCGCUGUGAAUGGAUUCACAAAAUAAAAAGAGAUCCUGCUCGCCAUUUCAAGAUCCACAUGGACACAAAAGAAUGUUCAUAUCACUUCACAGAAGAGUCUUUCUUGAAGACCUUGAGCAGAAAGUGAAAGCUGAAGAAUUGUGCUGUGUCAACUUUGUUUGCCUGGACUGACAGCACUGUGAGGCCUGUAAGGAGGACUAUUGUCAGAGGAACUACAAGUCAUGCAACCACUACCACAAGACAAUGUCCUGCAGGUUGGUGUAAAUUCCAAUGAGUUGAGAUACGGCCCUUCCACACCCUGACAAUGAUUUUACUGAACGGCCCCUACCACUGGUCAAGCAACUUGAGGAAGCCCACAACACCAUCAGUGAUCGAGCAUAGUAGCUUCAAGAUGAGCAAGUUCUCCUUUCAAGAUUUCAGGGUGACAAUAAGGACAUUGUGGUUUUCUAAGUCUUUCCAGAUUACAACACACUCAAAGCAGGUGAAAACAUGGCAGGGUGUAGUCACAGCGAUUAAGGCAGGCUGGUGAGGAAAUGCUAAGGCAGGGGUUUAUCAUUCUGAAACUGGUGUCAUUGACCAGUUUUUCCUUUUUUCUUUGUCAUCUGAGGCAAGGUUUUCCUGAGCAGGAAGGCUUUAGUGUGUCACAGUCAGCUGGAAGCAGGGUCUGCGUCACCUGGACACACUUCCUACAUUUCAUGUUAGGAUCACUUAAUAUUUGGCCUUUACGAGAAACUGUAAACGAGUGUAUUGUAUUCCUCCUUUUUUUGCAAAGAAAUUACCCACCUACAAGAGUUAUAUUAGACUGUAUGGAAAUACAUGUGCAGUGACCUAGCUCAAAAGUUUGCAACGCUGAAAUAUACUCUCACUAUAAAGGUAAUAUCACCUUAAACCACCCUAAUUGGCAUUUCUCCAUCAUGGGAAAUGACAUUUGUCAGUGACCUGUAUGCAGGUUCGUUAACUGAUAAGACAAUCAGGGAUCCUGUCUUUAACUGAGAGGGGUGAUAAAAUUAAUAGAUUAAUUAGAUUAAUUCCAUACUCGAUACGUUAUGAUCCACUAAAGUUAGGAAUAAUACGAGAUAAGAAUAUCCCAGUUUUUCUUAUCUUUGCCACCAUUUUACCUGUAAGGGAGCUGAGAGGGACUAUUGAGUGAGAUUCAAAUCUUUGUCAUUCCACUACUGUCAUGCAUACGUGCUGGGCAAACAGCCUGCCAUGCGCUGCCUGUGCCCCACCCACAUUUCCCCAGACACACCUAAUGGAGAUUUGCAAUCUACUGAGUGCACUUUUCUAGUUCUAGUAGUUUCCAGUUAAAGUUAGUUUUAAAUAUGUGACAUUGUAGUGUGUGUAUAUAUAUAUAUAUAUAUAUAUAUAUGCAAACCUUGACAGUUCUUAAGAUUUUGACACCUGUUUCUUUAAUGAAUUUAUUUUUUGCAUCCUGAUUAGACUGUGGAUUCAAAGAGAAGCAUCAGGCAUACUGUAUAUAUUACACCUCAAGUAAAUAUUUUCUGGGAAAUCACGGUGCAUUUUUCUUGAACAUCAGCUCCUGUUUUAAGAAAAUAAUAUGAUAAAUGUGAGAAAACUGUAUUUUAUAGAAUUUAAAGAAUUUAAAUGGUGUUACUUUAUCACUCAGUCGACCAAUGAUAUGAAUGCCAAACCUGAAUCAGGUCAGGUUUGAGGUUUAUAAUAAGAAAUUACACUAAAUCCACCCACAUGAAGGAUUUAAUCAUACUGUCAGGCUGUUUUACAAUUAAUAAAUAAUUUAUUUAUUAAUUUUUUAUAUGCAUCAAAAGUAACCUAUGGGCCAGCUGUGUAUCAGUGAAUAGAAAUUAAAAGAAUUCCAUAGUGGAAAAAUAAAGCACUUUUAUUAAA